UCAAGAUGGCUGCCGGAGAAGAGAAAAUCAUGUUUCCUUCUGGUGGUUCUUCGACAAUAUGUGAUCAACAAGUAAUAAGCUGGCAGAAUCAUUUCCAACAAGGGACGUUAGCACAAGCUUUGCGGUCACACUGGAAAAAGCAAGUUCCAUUAAUCUGCAGUCCAUUAUAUUUACCUGGAAAUCAGCCAUUGGAAGAAGAUGAAACUAGAAAAUCCCUACUAUUUCCCCUGGAGUUAUUUAUUUGUGGUGGCGAGCCUCAGGAAGUGUUCAGCCAGCUCAAAAAUCUGGACAACCCUCGACAGUUGUGUGGCAAGGUGUUUAAAGUGGGAGAACCAACAUAUUCCUGCAGGGACUGUGGUAUGGACCCUACUUGCGUCCUAUGCAUCGAAUGCUUUCAGAAAAGUACCCACAAGACACACAGAUACAAGAUGAGCACGUCGGGCGGCGGCGGCUACUGCGACUGUGGCGAUGAGGAGGCGUGGCGAGGGCACCCAUUCUGUGACAUCCACCAGGUCGGCGCCGUGGCGGAUGAGGACCAGGACCCGAUUCUGGUGUUGCCCGAGGGCCUGCGGCUGCGGACGGAGGCCGUGCUCAUGUGCGCCGUACCCUACAUCCUACAGAUCAUCUGCUGGCAGGACCUCGAGACUCUACCGGCAGACCUCGAACCAGAGAACAAAGAAGACACAUACUGCUGUAUGCUGUACAAUGAUGAGGUUCACACGUAUGACCAGGUGAUAAAGAGCUUAAACAGAGCACUAGACUGCACUCAGAAGGAGGCGGUUGACUUUGCAACGACCGUAGACAGAGAGCGUGGGCGACGGUGAGAACUACAGCCAACA